AUGGCUUCAACUCUCACCCUAAUUCUCUCCAUCAUCUUCUUGUUUGGCUCCAGCCUCGAAUAUUCAUCUGAAGAACAUGAAGAUUGCUAUUACAUGUCUCCACGGGUGUGCAGAUCUUCUGUUCUAUCGGAAAUGUGCGACUGUAUUCGAGAUAUUCACCAACGUCGAGAAUGUUCUUGGAAUCCGGAAGCUCAGAGAAUCGAAUCGUUUUUGCACAACCACUGGUCAAUGGAAGUUCGUCGAGAUAACAAGGAUUUGGAUUUCGUUUUGAAUGUAUGCGUCCACCGACGAAAUUUCAAAGUAUUUCUCGAAAAAGCCAAACAGUUUGCCCUGACAUCCGAAGAUCCCAUACUCCCAAAAGAUAUUAUUGAAAUGAGAAACAGUGCUUACCCAACCGAUUGGUCGACUAUGACUCCGACUCAAAAAGUCACCAAUUAUCUUCGCGACAAUAGCAAAUUAUUGAAGGAGCUUUACUAUAAGCUGGAACUCAAAAUCUAA